AUGAAGUUGCACUGCGAGGUCGAGGUGGUCAGUCGGCAUCUGCCCGCCUUGGGACUGCGGAACCGGGGCAAAGGCGUUCGGGCCGUGCUGAAUCUCUGCCAGCAAGCGCCCGAAAGUGUGCCGCGCUCCCGGUUCCGGGACGAGGUGGGCGGUUCGCACGCUGCCUGCCUGCUCGUCUCCACGCUGAAGGACAAGCGCGGGACCCGCUACGAGCUAAAGGAGAACAUCGAACAAUUCUUCACCAAAUUUGUGGAUGAGGGGAAAGCCACAGUUCGGUUAAAGGAGCCUCUUGUGGAUAUCUGCAUAAGUAAGGCUAAUUCCAGCAGUUUAAAGGGUUUCCUUUCGGCUGUAAGACUGGCUCAUCGGGGCUGUGAUAUUGAGACACCCCUUUCAACCCUCACACCAGUCAAGACUUCAGAUUUUGAAAAACUUAAAACGAAGAUGGUCAUCACUUCCAAAAAGGAUUAUCCUUUAAGCACGAACUUCCCAUAUUCUCUGGAACAUCUUCAAACAUCUUAUUGUGGACUUUCCCGAGUUGAUAUGCGUAUGCUUUGCUUAAAAAACCUUAGGAAAUUAGACUUGAGCCAUAACCAUAUAAAAAUGCUUCCCGAUACAAUUGGAGACCUCAUCCACCUUCAAGACCUUAACCUUAGUGACAAUCAUUUGGAGUCCUUUAGGGUAACCUUGUGUCAGUCUACACUCCAGCAGUCUCUUCGUAGUUUGGAUCUCAGCAAGAACAAAAUUAAGGCACUCCCUGUGCAAUUUUGCCAACUCCGAGAAAUUACAGACUUAAAACUUGACGACAAUGAACUGAUUAGACUACCUUUCAAGAUAGGACAGCUGAAAAACCUGCGUUCUUUGUCAGCAGCUCGAAAUAAGCUUCCAUUUUUACCUAGUGAAUUUAAAAAUUUAUCCCUUGAGUACUUGGAUCUUUUUGGAAAUACAUUUGAAAAACCAGAACUCCUACCUAUCAUAAAACUGCAAGUACCUCUAACUUUAUUGGAAGCUUCUGCACGAACCGUACUACAAAAAAGAAUUCCAUAUGGACCUCAAAGCAUUCCUUACCAUCUUUGCCAUGAUUUGGAUACUGCAAAAGUCUGUGUCUGUGGAAGAUUCUGUCUAAACUCUUACAUUCAAGCAACUACUACCAUGAAUCUACAUUCUGUUGCUCACACUGUGGUCCUAGUAGAUAACAUGGGUGGUACUGAAGCAUCUAUUAUCUCAUACUUUUGUUCUCUAGCCUGUUAUGUAAACUCCUCUGAUAUGUUAAAGUAAUAGGGAUUACCAAAAAGAAGAAAUUUUGUAGUUGCAAAUCAGUUUGGGACUAAUUUCUGAUUUCCCAGUGUUAUAAUUGGACAAAGGGGAGGGGAGGAAUGUGUGUUAUUUAACAUUUUAAAUCCUUUGAUUAAAAAAGUUUAAUUACAGUGAAACUUAAGGGUCAUGAUAAAUUAACUUUAUUAGUUUAUUGCACAUAUGUGAAUUUCAGCCUGCAGUUUCCGGGUGUGUUGUGGGGUUUUUCUUUUUACUGUAAAAAGGCACUGAUCCCAGUCAUUCUGGUCAUAAAUUUUUAUCAUCAGUGUUCUCCUUAAGCUUCAAAGAAAGUGAGUUUUCAAAUGCAGAUUCUGCAUGAUAGUGAAAAUAUUUGAAAUAAUAUACUUUAUAAGUAUACCACUUCCCCAUGGUUUGAGACCUAUUAUUAUGGAAUUUAUAUUCACCAAACAUAAAGUAGGAGUAGCUGUGAACAGACUUAAGCGUUUACGAGCCUCAUGUUGAUCAUCACAUCUUUUUGUCACUUCUAAGUUUUCUGUUUUAGAGUUGGAACACGGUUUUGAGAUUAGGUGGCAGAAUAUUACUUUUUACUGGUGACUGUUGUAUUAUAUGAGGAUUUAAAGAUCCUUUUAGUGUUUAUUUUUCUCACUAAGCAUGUUUGUAUUUAAAGACCAGCUAGAAGAUUAUGAAGACUUGAACUACAGCAGAAAGAAUGGAAAACUGAGCCACUUUGAAAGAACCUUAGUGAUCCAUACAGCUGUUCCCUUCUGUUCGCUACCAUUGUCCGAGUUUGAAUUAGCCUCUUCACCACUACUGCCAUGGCCUCAUAACUGGUCUCUGGCAACAAAAGGAUGAAGUUACUGGAGAAAACCUCCAACAUUAGCAUUGUGUCAUUAUUUUGGGUUUGGAGGUUGGGAGAAGACUAUGUAGAACUAUUUCUGAAAAUUUAUGUAACUAUUGCCUUCUUCCUUUAUUUCUCUAAAAGUCUUAUUUGGGGCAUUUUCCCCCCUUCCCCUCAAAUGUUCAAAUACUUCUGAGUAACUGUCUAUGUUAUGUUUAUUAAACUCCAUUUGUAUGAUA